AUGUCCAAAUUUAUCCUCAACUACGAACAGAAGUACGACUUUCUUGACUGGGAUCUUCCAUCGCCAGAUCAAUCAUCAUCGUUACCUGAAGACUAUCGAUCAACUCGAAAGAUGGUUACGACACGAGCAAUGACUGCGGGCACUCGGCCAAAGGUCCAUCCUUUACCGGCUAAGCCUUCCAAGGCCGAAAAAGCCGCCAAAGCCGCCAGAAUAAAGGCUGAGAAGGAAGAAAAGAAGGCCGACAAGGCUGCAGCGAAGCGUUUGAAUGAUGCGAAGAAAGCUGCAGCCAAGGCCGAUAAGGACGCGAAUAAGGCUGCAGCAAAGGCCGCGAAGGCUGCCAAUGCCAAAAGCAGCACAAAGGGCACAAAGGGCACAAAGCAAGCAACUGCUCCGAAGAUCAAGGCCACCAAAGCCACUAAAGUGACUAAGGUCACCAAAGUCACUAAAGCCAUCAAAGUCGCCAAAGCCGCCAAAACCACUAAGCAGGCGAAGGCCACAAAGAGCAGUGUUAGCGCAGCUACCGUGAAGGCUUCAACAAAUCAGUAUGAUGAAGACGAGGACGAAGAUGGCGAAGAUGACGAAGAUGACGAAGAAAGCGAAGAAGAGCACUAUGAACCGCAGUCCAAAAGGCGCAAGGUCGAGACUCUGGCUCCUCCCAAUCUUUAUGUGGAGAUCGGCCCGACCAAAGCAACGCGUCCGGCUUUACAAAUUAUUGGGGAAUGGGAUUACAUGAGGAAAGCUGAUGUCCCAGAAGGUGUGGAGAACGAAGACAACCGACCUCUACCCCACAUCUACAUUGGAGGCACUGCACCGCAGCCUCGUUGGGUGAUCACUCAAACCGAAAGCAUAAAAGUCCCUUCCAAACGACGUGCCCCUAGUACCAGCUCGAAGGACUUCGGAGAUUUACACUGGACCUUUGAAGAAGGCGACUUCAAACAAUGGACCGGCCUAGAAUACCCAGCACUUUACGAACUUGCGUACUUGUGCCUCGAAUAUACGCUCGUUGAUACAGAGAUCCGAGAGCAGAUCUAUAAAUCCCUAGCCCAUGGCCCCUUGCCCAAGGCUGUGACCGUUGGGGACAAAUGGUACCCAGCUCUGCCGCCAGUGCCCAUCACAAGACACUUUGCGACAGGGACCUCCGAGCAACCUAGUCGAAAGACAAGCGAUACGGGCUUUUACUUCCCCAACUAUGAGCGUCCAAACUUGGCAGUCAAGAAACGAGAGGAUUACAUGGUGCAGCCAUAUCCGCAUGCCGCUUCCCAUAUCUAUAAUCGACCGAGAGUGGAGGUAUGGCCGACUGCAUCGCGCUCUGCAAGUCCAGACCAGGAAAGCGAACGGGGUAGCGAGCAUGGCAGCGAAGAAAGCCAGUCAGCCGACUCCACGAAGUCGUCUGUGUCAGGGGGGCUUUACCUGGAACGAGAUCCAGAGGGCCCUUACUCGGAACCGACAGCCACCAUAUCUCUUGGAAACGAGCAGAACAGCAAGCAAGACAACAAACAGGACCGCGAGCAGGACGGCGAAGGAAGUCAGUCAGUCGAUUCCAGGAGGUCGUCUGUGACCAGAGAGUCUGACCUGGAAUUAAAUCCAGAAGGCACUUAUUCGGAACCGACAACCCCUGUGUCUCUUGGAAACGAUGAGAAAAUUUCACGUGAUACAAUCUCGGAAGAUGGUUCAGUCUUUGGCGACGGCGGUGACGUUCAGGUUGAGCCCAACUCAGCUCGAGACUCUCGAGAGCAAUCGCCUGAUAGCCUUUUCUCUGGCUCCGGCUCCGACAGCGAGGUCAGCGCUUCUUCCAAGACCAGUGAGCCUAGCAAGGUCAACGCCGCUGACGAUAAUAGCGUCCAAUCGACGAAUAGCCUAUCCCCGGUGUCCCAUGAUGGGCUCUUCAGCCCUGGGCAGAUCGAGGGGUAUUAUGGAAAGAAGGAAGGAAAUUUUGAAAGGUUAGGUGGAGUUGAACAUCACGAAACAUCAGAACGAAAGCGCCAAACACAGCCGUCACUGGAAGACGCACAGGAAGAGGCGGAGAUAAGAGAACUCGAAAUGGUAGGGGUCACAGAGCCUUGUAAACGAAUGCGAAUGGAGUCACCAUCACCAUCACCACCUGCGACUCGAAGGAAGACAGCGUCUGAGAUCAGGGUGGAUAAAGUUAUGUCAUUUGCACGAGCAGGACAAGAGAAACGGGACGAAAUGAGAGCAGCUGCAGCGGAGAAAAUAUCAGACAAGCCGCCGUUGGCACUGUUGAAGAAGACUACGGGAAAUCAGGCGGGUGCAAGAUCGCAGGCCGACGCACCUAGUCCUGAGAUUCCGCAUAAUCUGCAAGAUAGGUUCCUGGAACAGACCAAGGCAUAUCUCAAGGAUCCAAUUCAGAGGGCGAGACAUUUCCCUGACCCUCUUGCUGUGCGCCGAGUCAGAGUGUGGGCAGGGGAGGAAUUGGUGGGCCAUGAGAUCAAACCCACAGUCGACGCUAUGCUACCCCCCUGGGCUGAGAGGCACCGGCCUUUCAGUCAAUGGCAGAAUCCGACUGGGAUAACACCUGCGCCUACGGCGGGCACGAAGGUCUCGAGAUCGAAAAGACGGAGCAAGGGGCAAGGUAAGAGAAGGCCAAGACCAGCAUCUGCAAAAGAGCAGUCAGUCAGUUCAGCCCGGUGGUCAUCGUUUAGAUAA